ACAUCGAGUUGUUCUGCUUGUUGGACUUUGAUGGUACGGUACGAUACGAUUGCCCACAAAGUUGUAAGCAUCAUAUUCGAAAAGGAACUGUGCAUCAACAAAGAUGUCUUCUUUUAAUGCAAAACAAUGUUACUUGGUUGUUUAUAAUGCAAUCCUUUGCAUAGGAUGGUCUGCAAUAUUGGCUGGAAUCGCGGUCGAAUUUGCAGCGCAAGGAGGAGGGAAUCUAGGACAGGACAGUUUGUUGGAGUUGUUGUAUUUGAGAGUGGAGAAAUUGCUUAAGAUAUGUCAAACAGCUGCAGUUUUAGAAGUCAUCCAUUGCAUUGUCAAAAUAGUACCUUCAUCUCCAGUUCUCACAGGAUUCCAAGUUGCAUCGAGGCUUUUUGUUUUGUGGAUGGUAACAGAUCUGGUCCCCCUCACUCAAAAGGCACCUGGAGUUAUACUUUUCCUUCUCUGCUGGUCUAUCACUGAAGUUAUUAGAUAUGCAUAUUAUGUUCUAAACAUUUUCGGGCAAGUUCCUUAUGCUUUGCUUUGGUGUCGAUAUACAUUCUUUUUUCUACUUUACCCAUUCGGUGUGACUGGCGAACUCAUCACCAUUAUGAAGGCCUUGCCAGUGGUUAAGGAUCAAGGGUUACUGAGUGUUUUCCUACCAAAUGCUGUAAAUUUCAGCUUCAGCUAUUUCCACUUUCUCAUCUUUGUGAUGCUUUGUUAUAUCCCAAUAUUUCCUCAGCUGUACUUUCAUAUGAUUGCCCAACGAAAGAAAUUUAUUGGUUCGGUUGCAAAAAAAGUGGAAUAGAACUAUGGCUUAUUGAAACCUGAAGCUGAAAAUUGACAAGAGAAAUUGUAUCACAAGUUGGAUAACAUACAUGUUAGGAUUAGACAAAAACUUGAAGCUAGAAUCAAACAUGGUGCUUGGCAAAAUGUUGUAGUAGCGUGGUUACCUUGAUUUGGAUAAUUUGAUUUUCAAAUUGAACUUCUGCCUUCUGUCCUUGUGCCUGCAAACACAAAAUAUUGCAAGAUGUACCUGCAUUAUCUAGGAAUCAACUUUAGAAAUAUACUUUGCAGCGACUGUUGAGUAUUUUUAUGAGCGUGGCUAAGUUUUUUAAUUAGAUCUCAUAUCUGAACUGACCUUUAUUAUGAACACUUUUGGAUAAAGUUAGAUAUAUGUAUUUUCUUCACAUCAAUGGUAGUAACAUUAA